AUGACGAGCGUUCAGAGUCUCCUGCUGGAUGAGGAAGCGUGCAGUCAACUGAGUGAACCUCAGCGAGCCGAAUUCAUCUUUGAAUGGCUCAGCCGCCUGAAGAAGCUCCUCCCGUCCAGUGACAGGGCCACCGUCAAACAGAAUCAGCACCGCUUAGUGGAUCAGCUGUCGUGCGUUUUGGUGGGAUCGCCCGGCCCGCCUGCCCGCGGGUUGUUAGCCGACUGCCUGGCGCUGCUUUUUCGGCUGGGAGAUUCUGUACCCUCUAGCUUACUGGUGGAAAAGUGCAAUGACUUAAUUCGCGUCAGGGACGACUCGCCAUCCGGUCUCCCCAACAGAUUGGCGGCCGUGGCAUGUCUUGGGGCCAUGUUUGAGCAUUUGGGCCGGAUGCUGAGCGGUCUCUUCAAGGACACGCUGGCCAACCUGCUGAAGGCCCUGAAGCAUGCUGAGUCCCAAGGUCGCUACGAGAUCAUGAUGUCGCUGGAGAGGAUGCUGCGAGGUCUUGGUGCGGGUGCAGCAUCGGGUCAUCGCGACGUUUACAAAGCGGCCAGGACCUGCCUGACAGACCGCUCCAUGGCGGUUAGAUGUGCCGCAGCUAAGUGCCUGCUAGAGCUACAACGCGAGGCGGCGUUCCUUUGGACCAGCGAGCUGGAAAACGCGGCCACGCUGUGCUUCCGGGCUUUCGAGGGUUCUGACCAUGACGCCCGCGUCUUGGUCGCCAAGCUGCUAGGAAGCCUUCUGGCAUCCGCGCUGGAUCCUGGAGAUCACGGCAGUUCCCCCAGACAUAGUGGGCGAGGCCGCGGCGCCUUGGAGGAGGUCAUGGACCUGUUGUCUUUGGGCUUCGUGAGGGGUGGCGCGGGCUUCCUGCGGGCCAGUGGCGACAUGUUGAAGGGGACCAGCUCUGUGAGCAAGGAGGUCCGCAUCGGCGUCACCCAGGCUUGCGUGGUCUUUGUGUCGCUGAUGGGGGGCGCCUGGCUAGAGGCCAACUUGGCGUCAUUCCUGUCACCGCUGAUGGCGCUUGUGUCCAACUUCGGCACGGGUGAUGCUGCCGCGGCCACCUGCCGCUGCGUCUCUUUCAUCCUGAGGAGUACAGUGGGGUCCCUCCUAGGCGAGAAGGCACAGGGCAACGCUGCCAGGCAACUGUGCGCCACCGUGGCACAGCACAAGCACACUUUUGAUCUCUCCGCGGCUGACGGGAACACGGAUGGGAAGGCCGGCACCUCUAGUCAACACGUGUUGGUCUGCUGCCUCCUGGAGUUGGGAGCGCUGAUUCAAGACUUGGGCUCCAUGGCCGCCCCGCUUUUGACUGACAGUAGUACAGGCCUCCUGGACUCCGUGAUCUCAGUCCUCCUCCACCCGAUGCCUCGAGCCCGGCUGGCUGCCGCCUGGUGCCUGCGUUGCGUGGCAGUGGGCGUGCCGUCGCAGUGCUGCCCGCUGCUGGACCGGUGCGCAGAGCGUCUGACAACGCUCAGGUCUUGCCCCGAAGCUGUUGCGGGCUACGGCGCCGGACUGGCCGCCCUCGUCGCAGCGGUGCAGUGCCGCACCCUCGGAAUACCGUGCGACAAGAGCAAGGCGGUGCUGGAUCUGUCCGAGGACUUGCUGCGGUCGGCUUCGCAGAACGCACGCAUCGCGCUGCAGAGGAUGCACAUCGGCUGGCUGCUUAUCUCCUCCCUAUGCACUCUGGGUCCAGCGGUUGUAGAUCAGCACCUCCCUCGCCUCCUCCUCCUGUGGCGCUGUGUGUUUCCUGCCUCCCUCAGGGAACAGGAGAUGGAGCUGAGGCGAGGGGACUACUUUACGUGGAAGGUGACGCUGGAGGGACGUGCCGGGGCGCUCUGUGCAAUGAAGAAGCUGCUGAUCCACUGCAAGGAUCUGGUGACCGAUGACAUCAUCGGUCACCUACUCACGCCCGUUACUUGUGCCGUGGCCCUCCUCCCGAAACUUCCUGCUCUGGUGGGCUCGUACGGUUCUCGCGUGGCGGCAUGGGCGCCACUUUACCGACUGCGGGCAUACGAGCUGCUUGCCGCGCUGCCGCCACACGUCUACAGAGAGAGUUUUGGUUUGGUGAUGAACCAGCUGGUAUCGGACCUGCUGGCCCCGGAGAACCUCAACCGUCCGUGCUCGGAGCCCGACUUCCUGCCGUCCCUCUGUCACCAUGAUGACCUCCCGCUGCUCGGCCCGGCCUACCAUGAAAGCGGUUACGUUGAGGAUCAGGUGUACUCCGUGGCGGGAUCUUUAGACAACGACCCAUUCGCUCUGUGUGUCGGAAGUGACGAAGCUCCUGCCCCUCUUCCUUCCACUGCUGCCUUGCCCGCUGCCGCCACUUACCUUUUCGGCCUCCUCUUCCCACACAUCAUCUCCGCUCAGAGGGUGAAGAUUCUGGAACAGUUCGUCCAGACGCUGAAGCAGCUGAAGAGUCAAAGACACCAGACGGUCCAGACCCAUGUUUGUGCUGCCCUCUGUAGUUUGCUCAUGGACCCGAACACCUGCCGAGGUUGUCUCGGCCUGGAGGAAGCCCGUCUCCCGGCGGCGUCUCUCCUAUUAGGGGCGCUGGACGCCAACAGCGCCGCCUUGCGGUGUGCGGCGGCCGAGGGACUGGCGCGCCUCGUGCAGGUCGUUGGAGACACUGGCUUCACCGUCUCCACUGCGCUUCUCUGUUUUGAGAGGCUAAAGAGUGCCCGAGACGCGGCUUCUCGCAGCGGCUGUGCUCUGGCUCUCGGCACGCUGCACCGCUAUGUGGGCGGUGUCAGCUCUCCUCAGCAUUUGUCCACGUGUCUGGGUGUCAUCUUCACGCUGAGUCAGGACACCACAUCGCCAGAGGUUCAGACGUGGUCUCUACACAGUCUUUCCCUGUUGAUGGAACAAUCGUGCAGUCUCUACCGAGCCCAUGCAGGACCAUCUUUCAACCUUGUGCUGCGCCUCUUGCUCUCUGCGUCGCCCACCCACCCCGAAGUGCAUCGUAGCCUGGGACGAUGCCUGCACGGCCUCAUCGCUUGCCUGGGUCCGGACCUGCAAGGUGAGGGGUCCGACAUGGCGGCAUUGCGUUCCAGUUGCCUAGUAGCAUGCGGCGCCAUGCAGGCCACACCCCACUGUCUGGUUCAGGCCCGCGCCGUUUCCUGUCUGCAACAACUGCACAUGUUCUGCCCUCAACACGUCCACCUGGCUAGCCUUGUACCAACGCUCUGUGAAAUCUUACUGGAAUGUUCCAUGUUGACCAACCUGCGCAGCUCGCAGCUUUUCCUGCGGCAGGCGGCGGUGGCAUGCCUGCGGCAGCUGGUGCAGCGUGAGGCACCGGAAGUCCGCCGCCUCGCCGUCAUGCGGGUCAAGGAGCUGCAGAGGAGGGACAACACACAACUAGACAUCACAAUGAAGGAGGUGGGCCUCGAGGGGGCGCUCUUCUCCCUGCUGGAUCAGGAGUCUGAAGCAGGACUUCGGAGGGACAUCCGGGAGACGUUGGUCCACAUGAUGGUAUCCGGAGAUGCUGGCAGCGCACUGGGGCAUAGGCUCAAGCUCUGCAAGGACAUUUUGGCCGCGUCCACCGCGUGUGGAAGUGUGGGCCGAGAAGAUGACGAGGCGGACCCCGGCGGCGGCGACGACGACUCGUUAGCCUUCCGAGCUCGGUCUGACUCGCCGGGCCCGUUUACAGCCAUGCGCUGGUCCACGCGCCGCUUCGCAGUGGAGUGUGUCUGUCGCAUCAUCGCGCAGUGCCAGAAAGACGAACCCGCGCACUUUGACCUGGCCUUGGCUCAGGAGAAACGCCAGUGCGACUCCACCGACUUCCUAGUGCUCCACCUGGGCGAGCUGGUGCGCGUGGCCUUCAUGGCGGCCACCGACCCGCACGAGCGGCUGCGGCUGGCGGGUUUGCGAUCGCUGCUGGCCAUCAUCGUGCACUUCAAGAACGUGGCGGAACCUGAGUUCCCUGGUCACGUCAUUCUCGAGCAGUACCAGGCCAACGUCGGAGCUGCUCUCAGACCAGCUUUCGGUGCAGAUGCUCCUCCCGAUGUCACGGCAAAGGCAUGUGAGGUGUGCAGCACAUGGCUAUCAAGCGGUGUGCUCAGUGAGCCGCGCGACAUCCGGCGCGUGCACCAGCUACUUGCCUCGUCACUGGCCAAGGUCCGGGCGGGUAGCGAGGCGCGCGGUCAACUCUACAACGAGGCUACAGUUACCAUGGAAAACCUGGCCGUGCUCAAGGCUUGGGCGCAGGUUUACAUCGCAGCCAUCUGGAAAAGCGGACGGGAGGUGGACCCUGACGGCACCGACGGCCUUCUGGCUCUGGUCCAAUCAGAUCUUCCCGAGUUGAGCCGCCUGUGGCUAGCGGCGCUGCGGGACUACAGCGCACUGAUGCUGCCACGGGAUGACGUCACGGGCUUGGAGACUGAGAUGGCCAGUCAGACCGCAAGUUAUUACUCCGCCUCCUGGGCGCCCAUCUUGCACGCCACUGCUCUCUGGCUUCGUAGCGCAGGUUUCGUGAUGUGUGAUGACGCCCCCGCCAACCUGUCCCGCCCGGUCACGCCCACCUCCAUGGGGCACGGCAGCUCAGCGGACGCGCUCCAGAGUCCGGAGGAUGUCGGUGCUGAGCGACUGCACCUGAUCCUGGGCCUCAGUGUGCACUUCCUGUGUUCCCCUCACUCUGAGGACCGCAUGGAGAACAUUACUUCCUGUCUGCGAGCUCUACAAGCACUGCUGGACGUCUCCUGGGCACGAGGCAAAAUCGCUUGCGACCAGCUACUGAGCGCGGAGCUGCUGGGCGUCCUCCACCGGCUGAUGGUCACCAGAGAGUCUGCUUCCGUCCAGGCGGACUUGUUGGACUUGCUGGCACGCAUUGUGACGGCCACUCAGGAGCACGUCAGGGAGAAGCGACACAGUGCAGAAGUGGAUGACGGCGCGUCGGAGAAGGAGACCUUGCCGGAGUUCGGGGAGGGCCGCGACACGGGCGGUUUGGUGCCUGGACGCUCGCUGGUCUUCGGGGCGCUGGAGAUCUGUCUCAGCGUGCUGCUGAGAAAGCUGCCGGUUCUCAGCCCCAAAAUGGCCGCCUCGGAGCACCUUUGCGUCUAUGUGUGUUCGUGCGCAGGUCCUGGCGGUUCGGUGUGGAAUCUGAGCGACAGCGAUUGUCUCCUGGUGUCGUCGGCCUUGCGCGUCCUCUCUCAGCUGCCGUCGGUGUGCUCGCCCGAAGGAAGCAUCUCCAUCUUACCCACAAUCCUUUACUUGCUUCUGGGAGUGCUAAGAGAGCUCGCGAUACAACCCGGCACACAACAUGACUCCGGGUUGAACUUCACGGGACCUGGCCUGGUGGCUCGGACGCUUCUGCUCACGCUCAAAACGGUGUUGGCGUCCUCACCGAGUCGCCAAGAGAAAAGUGGCGACGCGUGGAAGAGCAUCGCGCGCUCUGCUCUCUGCACGCUGCUGGACGCGCAGAACGCCGAUCGUAUGGACGAGGCGGCCCUUCUGACAGGGCUCACUGUCUUCCUGUCAGCCGCCGGUCCAGACUUGUGUGCGGGGGCGCCUGCGCUGCACGCCGUCACGCUACGGCGCUUCGGUGACGCCAUGGACCAUAAAGACCCUGACGUGGCGGGUCGCUGCUUCCGAUUGUUGGCGUGGCUCUUUGGAACCCGACCGGACGUUUCCGCGCCGUACAUCCGAUCACUUGGACCAGCACUGCUGAGGUUCCUCCAGAAUGUGGAGCGGCGGCGACCUCAAUGUCCGGAGGAGCUGCAGGCGGUUCUGGAGGCCAUUGCCGCCUUGGAGGUUUUGGUGCUGGCAGCAGACGUGGACCGGCGUCCUCAGCUGGUGGGCGUCUUGUUCCCUCUGCUCAUCUCCUUCCUGUUGGACGAAAACGCGCUGAGCUCAGCGCCCGCGCCGUCUCGCUCGCUCCACCAGGCGGCGCUCAAGGACCUAAUGCGUCUGGGACCUCAACACCCGGCUGUUUUCAGGUCUCUGGUGUCGACGUCUCCUCCCCUGAAGGCCCGCCUGGAAGCUGCUCUCAAGGGAAGCCAGGAGAGCGCUAAAACUAGCGCCGCCCCUAGCUCCACCUCCAAGUCAUCACCUAGCAUCACGCUAAAAACAAACUUCUUGUGA